AAGAUUGACAGCUUGUACCGCUCUCCUUCAGUCCUUGCGGCAGCGAAUAGCUCCUGUUGUGUGACGGGCACGGUUACAACUCCCAUUGCCCACUGGUUUUCUUCGGAUUUUAUGUGAUACUUUUAAAGAAGUUUACAAAAAGGGCACUCAGUUGGGACUUCAUACGGAUUACGGGGUAUGAGAGAGGAGCGGACGCUACAAACAAAGUAAAAGAUUAGGUAGACCUGUACGUUUGAUGGCUGCUGGGGAUGGAGCCCAGCUGCCGGCCACAGUAGCGGCCAGUCGGAGCGUGGAGAAGGCGCUCGAGGAGGCUGCCGCGAGCGGGGCUCUUAAUUUGUCCAACCGAAAGCUGAAGGAGUUUCCACGGAGCGCCAGGAACUACGACCUUUCCGACAUUACACAUGCAGAUCUGUCUAAGAACCGUCUGUGUGAGCUGCCGGAGGAGCUCUGUCAGUUCAUCUCUCUGGAGACACUGAGCCUUUACCACAAUGGGAUGCGUUCAUUGUCCUCCAGCCUGGGCAACCUCCAGGCCCUCACCUACCUCAACCUCAGUCGUAAUCUCCUGUCCAGUUUGCCCCCGUCGGUGUUUCAGCUUCCGCUCCUGAGGGUGCUCAUUGUCAGCAACAACAAGCUGUGUUCACUGCCUGCCUCCAUAUACUCCCUCGCACACCUCCGACAGCUGGAUGUAAGCUGUAAUGAGCUGCAGUGUUUGCCUGUAGAGCUCGGCCAGCUUGAGGGUCUGAGGGACUUGAACCUGAGGAGGAAUCAGCUCACCACUUUGCCUGAAGAAAUAUCUGAGCUCCCCCUCGUCCGCCUCGAUGUGUCCUGCAACCGCAUUUCCCGUGUGCCCUUGUGCUACCGCCACCUCCGGCAUCUGCAGAGCAUCUCACUGGACAACAACCCGCUGCAAAUGCCACCUGCGCAGAUAUGCUCCAAGGGCAAAUACCACAUCUUCAAGUACCUCAACAUGGAGGCCUGCAAGAGGAGCCAGGAGGAGCUGGAGAGACACCUGAGGCCUACUGGAUUCAACAGCUGUCUGUCAGACCAGGAGCUGUUCACAGGUCAGUUCGGAGGACUGGACUCUGGCUUCAACAGUGUGGACAGCGGCAGCAAACGGUGGUCUGGGAAUGAGUCAGCCGAUGACUUCUCAGAGCGAUCUCUUCGCAUGGUUGAGGUCAGCAGAGACCAGCGGAACCUGGAGGAGGAGGACGAAGAGGAUGGAUCUCCUCUGGAAGCUAACAAAGUGAACGGAGAGGCUGAGCAUGUGGACUUCAUUGACAGCAGUGUGACAGAGGAAGAGGAGGACGAGAUCAGGAUGGAUCCACCCACACCUCCUCUGGAGCAGAAGGAGAGUUCCCCACCGCCGCAAGCCCAGGACACCACAGUAUGCAGGUCCAGCCUCCACGUGGAGGUGGGCCCCCCGUCAUCGGCCUCCUCCUCUCCCCUGUCCCCCUCCAGCCCCACCCUGGAGGAGCGCAGGAGGCCAGGUACCCUGUUCAUCUGGCAGGAGAGAGAGCGUUUGCAGCAGCAGAGAGAAAAGGCCAGUUUGUUGAAGUUGAACACCAAAACAGGAAGUCAUGUGGCCACUGCACCACCGACAGGAAGUAGUUCAGCUGGUGCAUCUCCAGAAAACAGCAACUCACACUCAGGCCUUCGGCAGCGAUGUGCAAGUGCUGACCAGAUGAGCACAGCAUCUCCUUCAAUACAUUUGCAUCGCUCCAGCAGCAGAACAGAUGUCCCGUCCUCCCCGAAGACGUCUCCGCCACCCGGCCAGGCUCAAAAACCCAACAGCUUCCUGUUCCGCACCUCCUCCCGCAGCAACGUCAAACCCACAGCGGGACCAGUCUUUACUCUUGGUGAAUCUGGCAGAAGUGAGUCUCGCAUGACUCUCCGUUCUCCAAAAGAGGAGAGAGCAAACAUCACACAACUGCGCAAGACUCUGGAGUCUCGGCUGAAGAUCACUCUGCCGGAGGAUCUGGGUGAGGCCUUAUCCAAUGGCACCGUCCUCUGCCAGCUGGUCAAUCACAUUCGCCCACGCUCCGUGUCAAUCAUCCACAUUCCCUCCCCAGCAGUGCCAAAACUGAGCUCAGCAAAGAGUCGACUCAACGUGGAAAACUUCAUUGCUGCUUGUCGCAAGCUGGGAGUCCCUGAGACGGACGUGUGUGUGUGCUCUGAUGUGCUUCUGUGUAAGCUGCCCGCUGUGCUGCGCUGUGUGACGGCCCUGCUGGCCGCGGAGGGGGGGGGGACGGCAGAGGACCAGUCGCGCUGCCACUCCUCACAUUCAUCGUCAUCGUCCUCCUCCUCCUCGCUGCUGUCCACAGAUUUCCUGCUCUUCUACUGUGCAGUCAUGGCCCUGCUCUACAUCCUCUACUGCUACCUGCUCACCUAGAGGAGCAGCCCCCGGCACGCAGUACUUAUGUGUAUAUUCGCAUGACUGUUGACCUGCUCUACACACGCAGCCAGAGUCUGUGUCUGUGUCUGUGUCUGUGUGUGUGUGUGUGUGUGUGUGUGUGUGCGCAUACCUUCCAUGGCUGCAGAGCACAGCUGCACUGGUUGGAUGUUUGAGCCAUAUAGAGCUUUGAGCUGAGCACCUUUAAGAAACAAACAGAAUACACUCCAGUACACUGACGCUACAGCUUUCAUUGAGGUGUUAAGAUGAACAGAAAGCACUACACUGUUGGACAAAUACUGUAAGAGCGUAGAUGAUCAGUCACAGGCCUUAGCCUCGUUUAGGCUUCACUCUGUGACGCACAGCGUGUUCGGACGGGAUGACACUUUUCUGUUUGUUUGAGGCAGAGCUGCGCCACAUGCACACACAAUCUCACUGGUUGUGACAUGAAAGGGUGGAGCAAAGGAACCACACCCUCAGCUGAAUCCCACUGACACACUAUGUCUUGUGCUCAUGCCUGCUGUUUACCAGCGAGGUCAAACAGCUGUGACACAAGCUUUGUGGUCGUGGACUUUGAGUGUAUGUGGAAGAUUGACUCUGUAUCAGGCGGGAACAGAUCAGGGCCCAAAUGCUGUUGGCUAACAGAUUGCCCGAGGAAAGUUUAUAUGGCCAGUGUGGCUCUUUUUUUUCUGGUUCUUUCUGAGCAUCACUAGGCCGGAGGGACUGUGGUUCUUUAGCUCUGCUCUCCAAGUUCUACCUUGAGAUUAUUUCUGCGUUCAGAGCAGCUCUACCUCUGAGUGUAUUCAAACUCCAGGCCGAUCGCUCAUCCUGAGAAAUUGUUUAAGUAGCCUGAGACUGAACUGUGAAUGUGAUGUGAUUUUUAGCCUUGAGGCAGAUGCAAGUUGGUGAAAUGUGGAACCUGGAUGUUAAGUGAUGUUAUGUCUAACACGACAAUGUAACAGUGAGACAAGUGAAGCAGUGCCUCUUACUGAACAUUGGCAGAGAUGGCUCUUAUUUUUGUCUGCUAUUUUAACUGUGAGCAGCAGGGGGCGAUGUCGCUGCGUCAAUCCCCCUUGCAGGCUUCAUGUGUCCAAAGUGACGGUACAAACCCCUCAAGGAGGUUGUGUGUGUAAAGUCUUUGUUGUCAUUGUCACUGGCCCCUUUGACCAGCUGACUUCAUUUUUGUAUAAAUGUAAACAGUUUAUUAAAUUAUUGCUUUUUUUUUAUUUAUUUUGCAUUCUAUUCUGUUUGUGUUUGUUUUUGUUUCUGAGGUGAAACAGCAGAAGCUUCACCAAUUCAGUUAAGCCUGUAAACUCAUAGUUUUAAAGGCCCAUAAAGCUUUGUAAAAUCAAUGUGUGGACUUUAAAUCACACAUGCAGGUGAAUUAGAUGUAAUCAAUAUUCAAUUAUUCACAGUUGAAAUAACAUUGAUUGUUUAAAAGUUUUCCCUUUUGUUGAAUUGGUAAAUAAUUGAUUCCCUAGAGGCCACACAUUGAGCCUCUGCUGUUUCUACCACUUGCUGUGUCUGGCUUAUUGCUCACAGAAGGUCAAUGUCUGCUACUAAACACUGACUGGAAUCUGAUUAUAAUCCUUAUUUGACUGAUGGGUAGUUUCAAAGCUAAUAUCAAGGGUAAGCUUUUUGGAAUUCUACAACUAAAGCCCUACAAAUAAACCUCAUUUAUUCUAAACCACAAGUGGGACACUAAAACGUUCUAAUUAACGAACUAAAUGCAGAUGUUCAGCAUAAUUUGUUCAGACAGAAAACUUCAGUGACUCAAUAUAAGUGGAAAAUCAAAUAAAGAAAUAACCUAAAAUAUUGUUUUUAGGCCUCUUGCCCAGUAACGUACAAGAGGUGAACAGGUGAUAUUUUCCCUUUCAGCAAAGGAUGCGUUUGUUUAACCCUGCAGUCAGCAGGACUGACUCUUAAAAUAUGGAGCCCCAAAUUUUUCUAUACUAAAUAAUUCUGAAAGAAUUCCUUUGAAUACAUUUGGAACAUAUAUACCGUAAAUGAACCUACAAUUUAACCAAUUAUUAAAACCGCUGUCAUUAUUGUUAUGAAAUACUAUGUCAUCAUUUUAAGUAUCAUAAAAGUUCUGCUGGAGUUCAUUUUUAUGUCAUAGAAACUUUUAUUUCCAGAACUGUUUGUGUCACAAUGACAUUGAUGCUUAUGACACUUAUUCCAUGUGGGUUUAUUUCCUAAUACUUUUAUACAUCAUAACAGUGGUGUUGUCUCCAUUCACAAAUUCUCCAUCCUCCAUUCGCAAAACAGCGUUGCCAAAAAACAAACCCUUAAGCAGAUGGAAACUUAAAACACUUGAAAAUAAACCUCUCCAAAAAAACAACAUAAAAUGCAUGUACAACACACCACAGUCAUUACAGUCACAUGAAAUAAACUUUGUUGUCACAAAAGCAGAAAAAAUGUCAAAUAAUUAAACACAAUGUAAGAAAAAUCUAAAAAAACUCAAGUAAAAUCCCAUACGAUAUACGAGUUAUGUAUGCUUUACACAAUGUAUUCAGGAUUAGUUCAUAACAUCUUAACUUAGCAAUGGAUUCUUGGGGAUGUCAAAUGAAAAAAAAAGCCAUUUGUUGAACUGCAGUCUAGUUUUAUAACUUAUUCAGAAGUCAGGAUGUCCACUGUAAAAACCUUCCUCCCUGGCUCCAGUUUUUUAUUAGCGUGUUGUUAAGAUAAAAUUUAUACUGUUUCAAAUGUAUAUUUUAUAAAUGGAACUGGAUAAGCAGCAUACAGUCAUUCUUUCACUAGACAAGCUAUUUCUGAAAUAUGUUAGUGGAACAGAAAUACUAUUGUAUUUUAUAUUUAUAUGAUACCCGUGUAUUAUUAAGAAUCGUUUUUCAGUUUAUAUAAAUCUCUACGUUUUUUUCCCUCCACCCGCUGUAAAGAAAUUAUUAAAAACAAACUUGGACCAUGUGCUGUUUGUCUGCUUGCUUGCUGUCAUGCUUUUGCCUCACCGGCCAAGAACUGAAUGUGAUCAGGGUAUCUGCAGCUCCUUAAUAUAUUUUGACAAAAAAUUACUCAGGGUUCACUCACUGGCUUUUGUAUGAAGCUUCUCAUAGUCUGCAGAAGACCAGGUUAGUCCAGUUGUCAUCCUGUCACCACAGUAUAAAACUAUAUAAUGUCAAACUACUAUUUCAAAGUCUGGGGACCUUCAAAGCAUUAAGGGUCAGAUGGUUUUGGUCUUUCAUGGGAUCUGUUGACAACGAGGAAAAAUAUAGAAUAACAUUAGAUUCAUUCUUUAAACACACAAGCUUCAGCAGUAACUGGUGGAGUUAGAAAGGAAGACCAAAUCCUGCACAUUCACUGUCAGAUCAGUACAGGACAGUCUGAUUUUUACCAGCUUGGUUCCUUCCUAUUGCAUUGCUUUUUAAGUCACUUUGAACAACACAUUCAGGCUGAUGCAAUGUGGUAAAAUUUUGAGCAGGCAUGCAGGUAUCCUGAUGUGAAUCCACUCUGCCCUGUGCUUUAACCUCUUCAAAAGCUCAUGUGUGCUCUCCAAACAGCAGGUUUACCGUCAUAAAUUCCAGCUGGCCCAUGUUGGAGCAGGUGAGUGCGCUGAGCCAAGGUCAGUGAAAAGACAGAAAUCAGCCGAUAGGUUUGUACUGCACCUUUCACAAAAAGGAUGUUCAAACGGUUCUGUCGCCUGUCUGAUUCUUCCUCUCUGCAUCACUUCAGUCUGCAGUCUGCCUGCUGCUCACACACACACACCCCACUGCAAGUGUGUAUUGUCAAGCUAUGGUACAGUCUUCAUUUUGUGUGUGUAGUCAGACUCUUAAGGUUCACCAGUUAAUCAAGUAAUCACUACACAGGCAGCAGCACUGAUUAUGUAGAUUUAAUCAUUUCUCAGACAGACUGGGAAAUGUCAGUUUUUGUGGGUGAGUGAGUUCCUCAAGGGGUCUUUUCAAGGGUCACUGAGGACGUUCCAACGGGCCCAUCUUACUGUCUGCAAAAUGCAAAAGCCUCAGAAUCGCUGCCAUGCAGGAGGGACUAUGAAUCCAUCAACAUGUGGUGCAACAACUAGCAGGACAAACAUUCAGUGCAGUGUCUGUUGAGUGUGAUAGCACUACUUAGUUUGACAACCAGCCGAAUCUGGGCUAUGCAUGAUGACAGUCAUACAUCAUUACCAGUAGGACAUUAAUUGGGGUCCGAUUCAGAACUUUGCUGUUGGGACCCUCAAUAUCUCUUGCUUUCUGUGCAUUGUUGUAUAGGUACCUUGUUCGGCAGUUGCAUCCUGCAGUUUGCUUCAAACAAUCGAUGUACAUCAUAAGGCUUUCAAAUUGUGCAGGACUGUCACAUGACCAGAUUAUAUUAAGUCAGCCAGGUUACCUAACCAUCAAAUAAGAAUGGAUUAACAAACUACAAAUAGAUGACUACAGGCACACGCUCAUGCUCAGAGGCUGGAUACAUCAGAGGCUUUUUAAACAUUUACUGCUACAAACCAUACCGCACAACUGGUCCAAUCCAAAAUUGGACGCUAUUAUACAGCUGCCAUUUUAGAUUUGACUCAGAAAUGUGACUGCUAGUGUCAAGACUGGACGUGGCUUCUACCCAUGUCCUUUCUACGCUUGAUUGCUAGCAGGAUGGCUCUGUUGGUCCACCGCCACUUUGGCCCAGACUUGAAUAUCUUAACAAUUACCACAAAAUGUGGUUCAGACAUUAAUGUUUCCCUCAAGAUGAGGUCUAAUAACUUUAAUGAACCUCUGACUUUUCCUCUAGAGCCAUCACCAGGCCGAAGUAUAAUUUGUAAUUUUACUUUGAUUUGUGACCAAAUAACUUGCAAACUAAGGCCACUCGCAUCAGCCACACUUGUACUUUAUGUGAUUACAUCCCUGAUUCCAAAAAAAUUGGGACACUUUAUAAAACACAGAAUAGAAUUAUUUGCAAACAAGUUUUGCAAAGUGUUCCUGAGCCCAUGUAGUAGUAACCUUCAUACAAUCGUUUGUAAUGGUGAAGUGGUGAACCUCAAUGCCAUCCUUGCCUAUAAAGAACUGAGCCUUUGGAGGAUGUUCUUUUCAUACCCAGUCAUGAUACUAUCACUUUCUACCAAUGAACCCAUUUACCUAUGGAAAGUUGUGGAGUGUGCUGCCGCCAUCAAAUUCAAAUUCACAAUAAGCAUAAAUUUACAAAAAUCAUUUUAAGUUAAUAUACUCAUAUGCUAAACUAAGAUGGCGACCGUGCAACACAUAACCUCCAUUCAAUUUGUUGAAGUUGUGUUCUGUUGUCACAACACAGGACAGUUCGUUUGUAACGUUAUUCAGCCAUUAUUGUUAUAGCAACAUCGAGCUGGUACAAGCAGCACCAGCUGACAAACAACACAUUAUGCUGCUUUUCACGUCUAAAAUUACGCAAAACCACAGAAAAAAAACUCUGAAAAUGACAAAUACAAAUCGAAUGCAACAAUAAUACCUGCUCAACAUCAGCGUGUCAGCAUCAUGAGCAUGUUACUAUGUGCAUAUCAGAAGUUAGCUCAAAGCACCACUGUGCCAAUGCAGCCUCAGAUAAUUAUGUAGCUGUUAUCAUGGUCUGUUUAAUAUUUGUCAGUUUUUCUGAAGGUGUGGUUGACAGGGUAUCCUAAUGGAUUAGUCACAAUAACCUCUAUUGAUUGUUACUGUGCGCUUGUUUAACAUAAAUGCUCUGCAGCAGUCAGAGCAGUGGGUCGGAUGGCAAUGUGCACUUUGGAUUAACAGUGAACAAUGAGAGGUCAAACUCUAUAAACGUCAGUUGACACCAGGAAAGUUCAACAAAGGUAUAGAUACAGGUUUAGCUCACAGUUAGAACCCAACUGCCACAUGCUGUCCAAUCCCAUAUUUCUAUGUGUCCUCACUGGGUUAUGUUAGGGUACUUUUCUCCAAAUAUAGCCAUCCUAAUUUCUGAAUUCCCUAUGGGCGCUUACAUUUACUUAUUGCACCUAAUCGGUGCCUACAAUAUAUGCCCUGUUGCCUCCAAGUUCCCAUCAAGAAGAUGCACACUGCUGACAUGCUGGCUACUGGCUACUUUAUUACAUUACCAAAACAAAUGAACUCUUGUUAGGGUUCAAGCCCUAAUGGGGCAGAAUCCAACUGAGGUUGUCUAUUUAUCAUUAUUAUUUUUCUGCCACAAAAGUUCAAAUUGUUGUGAGUUGGAAUAAGGUAGCAAUACAGAACUUGGCACAAUAACUGGAAAUGAUAUGCAAAUGCUUCACAAGACAUAUGAGGCCAAUAGGUCAUAUGGUACCACUAUAACAAAGGCCCAAACAAUAAGACCAUGUCCCUUACACUGUAAUUCUGAUUGACAUACAAGUCUAAUUCAGUAUGCCCUAUAUAUAUAUAUGUGUGUGUAUAUAUAGUAUAUAUAUAUAUAGUAUAUAUAUAUAUAAGAUGGUUACUUAGCUUUAGCCAUCUCUAGUUAUCCAAAUAUCUAGCUAACAUAAAGACAUACAGACUUGAUGAAUGCCAAUGUUUGAAUGAAGGCAACACUUCAUCAUCAGUCAGAUCAGAGCUCUUUCUUUUCCAUUAAACAUUCAAACAUGACCAAAUGUUUCUCUAUUUUACAACAAGUCUGUCUUCAUUGUGAAGUGACUGGUUGCUUGUUCCAAAGGAAAGUGAAAGUAACUGCCUGAUUUAAUGGCUUUUCAUUUCAGACCUGGAGGCAAUAAACACUUCAAUACUGAACAGGGUCUGUGGAUGUUUCUGAUAUUCACUGUAUAUGAGACUGAAAUGACAUGCUUUGCUGCAGAAUGUCAUUGAGCAUGUCUUAUAAAUGUGUUAACUCUUUCACCACCAGGUUGGCCUUUAUGUUCACAGUUUAGAAGAAAUGACAACACAUCUGUCACAUCUAACAGACAGAUUGUUGCAGAAAAAUAAUGUCUUACGUCAUCAGCAAUCAUAUUUUCUGUUGAAAGCUUCAACCCUUGGUCAACAAUGUUUAGGUGGGCAGUGUGUGUCAAAGAACAUCCACAUGAUUGCCAGAACCCAAGCUUUCCCCACAGAACAUUGUAUUGUAAACAGAUGAUUAAUGUGAUUCAUUUCACCUGUCAAUGGUUUUAAUUUAACUUCAGUGUCUUUUGAAGUUCCAAACAAUAACAACAUCAACUUAUUUUGAUGGCAUUAAAUUUGGACUGAAUCUGUGGGUAGCGGCAUGUACUGCUACAAUGUUAUUCUUAAUGCUACCACCUGUUGGCGCUAAACAAAGGAAUCUUCAGAUCCUUCAGUGUACAUAGUGGCUUUAAACAAGCUUAAUGUUAUUUCCUUGUAAUCCAUCUAGGGCUUUCCUCAGCUUCUUCAAAACUAAAGUAACCUUACAUUUACCUGAAGUCAACCAACUGCUGAGGUUAUGAAGACACAGUCGCAUGUCAUUCUGCAAAUUAGAAGUGAAUUAGAUUAAAAAUUCACUUCCUUUCUGUUUGACAGUGAAAUACAAAUGACAUCACGCUGUGUUCAAAUAUAUAUCCACCUACUAAAGGUCAAAGGCUACCAACCAGGCAAAGGGGGUAUUCCCCCGCGUUUAUUAUCCCUCUGCAACAUCAUUUUUUCUAUCUAUUUAAAAUGCCUUUGUUAUUUUGGUAUAAAAUAUGUACCAGAGAGUAAGCCAGGUAGUAUUAUUUCAGCAAAGUUGUAGUUUUUGGCUAUCUGAAACUAUCACGUAUGGUCUGAUGUGUUAAAAACUUGGCGGCAACAGGGUACACAUAGAAAAUUCACAGAGGACAGGCUGUGGAUGGCAGGGGGAUGAACAGCCAAGUUCUGUCCUUUAAAAUGAAAAUUCAGUCAUUAGCUACUCACCUCACGCCAAUGGAAAGUUUGCUUCAUAAAACAUUUCGGGAGCUUCACUGCGAAACAGCAUUGAAGAAUUCUCCUAAACAAGUGAAGGAGCUGGGGACUUCUUUUAAAACUUUUAAAACAACCAAGAAAAUAAUAAAAUGGGUCCAUGCAGCUUGUCCCAGGUCCCAAAUUGAUUUGAAAAGAAAACACACCCAGUCUGAAGAUUGUGCGCCAGAAUGAUUAUUAUUAAAGCUGCCAGUAACAGAGCCAUUCAAUAUAUAGAAAAGCAAAGCAAAAGGUAUUCAAGUCUGGAUGAAAAUAUAUGUAUUUUAACUGCAUCUGCGAAUUCCUUUCUUUCUCCAUUCCCAGGAUUCAUUGUGUUCCCCCCAACUCAUCAUGGAGGAUGAUGGGUUGAGUCGCCUGGCUCAGACAGUUCAGGUGUUGGUUGACUUGGCUGAUGGCUCCCAGCGGACCCUGAAACAGGAAGUGUCUGCAGAGACUUAACAGUUUUAUAUCAAAAAGAUCAUCUCAAGACAGUGUUAUUUUCAAUAUGCUUCAUAUUUCACAACCAAAGAUCAAAUACAUGGAAACAAUAAAAAAGACUGUAAAUGAC